AUGUACAAUGACACUGAUGACCAUCCCUCCAUAGAAGCCUAUAUUUACCAGACAGAUCCCUUCAGGUCAGCAACAGCUCCUGACCCUCUCCCGUGUCCAUUGAAGCGUAAUCUAGCGCCAAAUGAUGCUGGACUGCCGAUUGCCUUGCGCCGACAAGAAACUGGAGACAUUUUAGCAUCUCAUGGACUUCCACCGAAUUUCAGUUUAAAUGUGGCCCAGAAGAGUAAGCCAAGCUAUCCCGGUGGAGAUAUCGAACGCCUCGUCGUGACAGUUGGAUUCCGGGGUGUUGCAUCUGAGAAUUUCGAUGCAGCCAGGGAGGAGAUCAAUGCAUUUCUGAAUACAACACACGAUUACAAUGUGGACGUCGAGGUCAUGGAUUUCGAUCAGGCCCCCGAGAAACAUCUAAAAGUGGUACUACCUGAUGAGCUGCAAGACUCGCUGCGCCUUCUCGAGCCCGAGGGCAACCUCCUGGAUGAUCGAUUCCGGAACUUGAUUGUCCAGGGUAAGCUGGAAUCUCGCAAACCGAUUAUCCAGGCUCGGAAAGCCAGGAGAGAUGUCACAGAGAAAUGGGGCCAGAAGGAUUUCAAAGUACCGGGGAUAUAG